CUCUGCAGACGUGCAAGCCUUUGCCGUAUACUGUGUGCUGCAACUCUUUGUUUCCGUAACGGUCAGUGGUCCAACAAUGUAAGGAAAACAGAAGAAAGGCCACAACGUGUUCCGCGCAGCUCUUUGUGGGGCCAAAACCGGCAGAGACAGCAGGGACACUUUAUUGCGCUUCUAAGAAAAUGAAAGGAGGACUCUUCGACGCCGCACAAUCGGAAGACGACGAGCGAGCUUUCACGUAUGCCGUGGAGCGUGUCAACCUCAACAACGAUGUGCUGCCCAGAACUACAUUGCUUCCUCUACUGGAGACACUCAAACCGAGGGACAGUUUCCAUGCAUCGAAAGCCGUGUGCAGCAUGCUCAAGCAAGGCGUGUCCCUGGUGCUCGGUCCUCGCUCUCCUUCCGUGGUGUCGGUACUGGGCUCCACGUGCAGCGCAUUCCACGUCCCGCACGUGCAGACCAGCUGGACCGCGCCAGAGGCUGAUCUGGCGUCGGGCCAGCGCCGUUUCUCGGUAAACGUGUAUCCGCACCCGGACAUACUCAGCCGGGCCUACGUCGACCUGGCUCUCAAGACGAGCCGCUGGAAGAGCGUCACCGUCAUCUACGAGGAAAGCGACAGUUUCGUGCGCAUGAAGGACGUGCUGAACACCUCCUUCGCGCUGGGCGCGAGGGUCAGCCUCGUGCUGUAUCGGCCAGGCGGCGGUGCCGUAAAGACGCUCCUCAAACGGGUCGACCUGGCGAAGGAGUUCAACAUCGUGCUGGACGUACCCACCGAGCGAGUCUACGAGUUUCUCGAAGCGGCAUCGGAAAUCGGAAUGAUGACCGAAUAUUACAACUACAUCAUCACUUCCCUGGACACGCACACGCUGGACAUGACGCGUUUCCAGGGAGCGCUGGCCAACGUGUCAGCGCUGCGGCUGGUCGACCUGGACAAGGAGGAGACCAGGAAGCUGCUCCACGACUGGACAAACUCGGAGCUGCGCUUCGGGCAUCGGGCUCUGGAGAUGACUGCGCUCAGGACAGAGCUGGCUCUGCUGUUCGACGCGAUGUCGCUGUUCGCCCGAGCGCUUCACGACAUGGAACACGUGGAGAACUUCGAGCUCAAGUCGUUCUCCUGCGAGGCGCCUUCCAACUGGACCAACGGGGAGGCUCUCCUGCAGCGCAUGAAAACGGUCCAUGUAAAGGGGCUCACUGGUUACGUACGACUCGACGAAGAUGGCUUAAGGACCGACUUCACCUUGAACGUUAUUGAGCUGAAGUCAACGGGAUUCGAGAAGGUCGGCACGUGGACACGUCGCACGGGCAUACGCUUCUCGAGGGGUUACGUGCAGCAGAAGCAGGAAGAGAUCGUCGACGUCAUCCAGAACCGAACCUUCCGCGUCUCCACAAUCGUGAAUCCACCGUACACCAUGCUGAAGAAGGAUGCCCACCUGCGUGAGGGCAACGACCGCUUCGAGGGCUUCGCGGUGGACCUGAUGGACGCGCUGGCGCAAAAGAUUGGUUUCCGGUACGAAAUGCACCUGGUCAAGGACAACGCCUACGGCAGCAACGCCUCGGGCGAGUGGAACGGCAUGAUACGCGAGCUCAUUGACAGGGAGGCAGACAUGGCCAUCGUGGACUUGACCAUCACCUACAUGCGAGCACAAAUGGUCGACUUUACGAUGCCCUUCAUGAACACCGGCAUCAGUAUCCUGUUUCGAAAGCCACUUCAGGACAACCCCCCUCUGUUCUCCUUCCUGCUGCCUUUUUCCGUGGACGUAUGGCUGUACAUGCUCACCGCUUACCUUGCGCUCAGCCUGUGGUACGGGCUCCUCGGCCGGUUCAGCCCGUACGAGAACCGCUUUGCGCUCCGCCGUUUCAGCGGCGCUGAUACGCCUCAGUGGGACCCCGAAGAAAUGGAGAAAGAGCUGGACAUCACGAACCGGUUCUGGUUUGCCAUCGGCUCGCUGAUGCAGCAGGGCUCGGACCUUAAUCCCAGUGCUGUGUCGACGCGCAUCAUUGCAAGCAUAUGGUGGUUCUUCACACUCAUCAUGAUCUCUUCAUACACCGCCAACCUGGCCGCUUUUCUGACGGCGCAGCGAAUGACAUCACCUAUCGAAAACGCCCACGACCUUGCCAAGCAGACCAGCAUCGACUACGGGUGCCUGUUGUCUGGGUCAACGAAAUCAUUCUUUCAGUCCUCGGACUCACCGCUCAUUAAGCGUAUGUGGGCGGCCAUGGAGGCUGCUCAGCCUAGCGUGUUCGCAGAGACCAACGAGAAAGGUGUGGAACGUGUGCUUCGCGGCGGCUACGCCUACCUGAUGGAGUCCACCACCAUCGAGUACAUGAUGCAGAAGAACUGCCAGCUCACGCAGAUAGGCGGACAGCUGGACUCUAAAGGGUACGGCAUAGCCACUCCCCCGGACGCCAAGAUCCGUAACAUUAUUUCGGCGGCCAUCGUGGAGUUCCACGAAGGGGACCUGCUGUUCAAGCUCAAGCAGAAGUGGUGGAAGACGCGCAAUCCGCCUGACCCGACCGCCCUCUCCAAGUGCCACCUCUACACUAAUGCUUCCUCCAGUUCCGCGAGCAGCAGUGAGAUGGGCCUUGCCUCCGUGGGUGGCGUCUUCAUUGUCCUGUUGGUCGGCUGUAUCGUGGGCGCACUCCUCUGCGUGGGAGAGUUCAUAUGGGAGCUUCAGAAGACACCAUACGGCGAAAGGGAAUCCAUCAUGAUGGAGAUGUUCCAUGCGUGCAAGUUGGUCGUAACCUGCCGGGGACGCAAGUACAGCCCGACGUCGCGUUCCUCGGCAGGCUCGCUUGACGGAGAGGCGACGCUUCGCUCUGUUGGUCAGUCGUCGACCAGAAGCGGUGACACGGCUGUGCGCUAGCUUUUAAAACUUCCCGCCAUUUUUCCUACCUUCAGUCAAUUGUUCUAAACUAUGCGGGAUGGUAGCUGAACGAGACAUUCAUAUCUCAUCUACGUAUUUCUUGCAGUAAAUUUUACUUUCUAAAGAACGACGGAGAAAGUAGGUGAUUAAUUUAGAGAAACUCUUUGGAGAAAUUUUAUAAGAUAUUGUUUAUAGUGCUACCGACGUGCAGGACCAGGAUAUUAGUGAAGAAGCAUAUUUAUCUAGGUAAAACAAAUUAAAUAAAGCGCACUUUCAUACGGUUAUGUUAACUAGUCGCGACGAAUUAAGUGACUACAAGAAGCAACAAGUUGUAGCUUCAAAGGUAAUCGAUAGUUGUGGACUCUGUUUCGAGCCACAUUGCUGUAUAUAAGAAAACCGUGCCUGUUCUUGUUUCAAUAAAGCAAAUUUUGUUUUGUA